AUGGCGAUCAGGGCGCGGCCAAUCUGCAAUUUACUUAAUCCACCGCCUCCUUUGCCGCUACUUUGCUCGUACCCUCACUGCGUUACCGCCAAUCGCUCCCUCAUCACCUCUGCUCCUUGCAGUCAUUCCUUCUUUUUUUCUUCUAGUCUCUGGUACAAAAAAAAGAGACAUCCACAACGGUUGUGCUGCGCAUCGCGACCCUGCAAAAUGUACGUCCCUGACGCAAUCCGCAUCCCCCACAACAACACAUACUUACUCGCUCCAGGAACAACGCAACCUCAAUCCUGA